GUCAAAGUGUUGGGAGGGGGAGGAUUUAAUUUGGCGAUGAGACUACGAGUAGAAGAGGUUGGAUUUACAUGAUCGACGUAAAAUUAGAGUGAGUGAAUUCACCUUCUUCUACCUCCUCAAAGAGUCAUGCUCUAUAGGUGGAGGGAACAGCAUGCUCAUGCGACCUUCGUCUCUCUCUCUCUCCUCUUACUUCUGCCGAGUGACUUGUGACUCUGCUGUGCAUUAUUGGGAGGUUACAGGAAUUGAAUGCCUUGUCCGCUAGCUUAUAUAGUCGGCCAAGCUUCGGCUGCGAACGAUGACGACGGCCAUGGUUGUUACCGGACUGGACCGGAACUCCAUUGGCGUGCAUUCAUUGGCUUAGUUUUCCGCGCUUGUGACACCCAGUGAGAAGCCGAAGCUGCUGCAACAGGAAGCUAAGAUCAUCAUCAUCAUCAUCAUCAGGUUCUCCGGCUUGUUUGUUGCUUCGGAUCAUUGAGCUGCAUGCGGUAGUACUGCUUCAUCGGAAGAACGCUGCUUUCUGAUUCUUAGACUUGUUGCGCAGCAGCGAAAUGGAGAGUUUAGACUCCGACCUCUCCCGGAAGCUCGACCUUGAGGCUUGUUUCCUUAGCCCAAGCGUUCAGCUCCGAGGGACCGGUGACAUGGAGGAGACGCUCGGUGCUCUCUUGGAUCGCCAAGCGGUGAUGAGGUCGGGUGCCCCUUGUGAAGCGGCUGCUGCUUCUUUUCGAGCUAUUAGCAGGCCGGAGAUCGUCGACCGGUGCUGCAGUCUAACUCAGGAUUUUGGAUUAUCCGAUGACCUACCUGUCAUCAGCAAUAUCAGUCACGACGAAGAUGUUAUCUCUGCCAUCUUCCCUGACGGCGAAAACUUCUGCAACUUGAGCUGCACCGGUAAUGUUUCUUCCGGGGAGUCCGAGAACCAUGGCUCGUUCGAUGACCUUAAGUGGAACAGAGAUGAGAUGGCCUCCCGAGUCUCCCCUGAUCCACUUCUUCCCACUGCCAAGAGAAAGCCGAAUUCUUCGCCCGAGGAAGGUCUUCGGAAGAACCCGAGAUCGGAGAAGCAUUCAAGCUCUGUGGCCAUCGAAACUAUAGCAGAGGCGAAGGAGAUGAUCUACAGGGCUGCAGCGCUGAGGCCGCUGACUCUGGGAAUGGAGGAGGCGGCGGCAGCCGAGAAGCCAAAGAGAAAGAAUGUGAAGAUAUCAAGUGACCCACAGACGGUGGCAGCGAGGCGCAGGAGGGAAAGGAUCAGUGAGAGGCUGAGGGUGCUGCAAAGGCUGGUCCCCGGCGGGAGCAAAAUGGACACUGCAACCAUGCUCGAUGAGGCCGCCAACUAUCUUAAGUUCCUCAAGUCUCAGGUCAGGGCCUUGGAAACCCUCGGUGAAAGGCAUGGCCAUGCAACCAACAGUGCCAUCCACCCCUUUCCACUAGCUCUGAACCAAGCUUUUAGAAUGCAAAGAUGAGAGAUGAGGCACGAGUCAUCUCUGCGACUAUGGGGCACAGGUCAUUCCCUUUUCUCAUUCAGAGAUAACUUUCCCAAAUCCACAACACCCAACCAUAAGAAACCAUUGGCUAUUAGCUUUUCCCCACCAAUAGUUUCAGCUAUAGAUUAAACCUCUUGUCUAUCCAUAGCCUUUUUACCUCUAAGGAAUAGAUAGCAGCAGUGCAACACUUUUGACUUUCACCCUUCAGAUACCUGUGAAUUAGUUCCUGUCAACUGCACAUAUCAGAGCUUCACGGUCACAUUUAAUCUGUCACCCUGAAGUCUGACUUCUCGAUCACAAAGUUGUAAGCGGUCGAUCUGUUCUCUGUCAUCCGAUCGACCUGAAGCGCGAAUUUUACAGGUACUGCUUCCGAUGUGUCGCAGAGCACGAUGCUGUCUUGGUUAAGCCGGAGUACCUUUGCGAAGACCACCUGCACAAUAGGUGAGCACGUUGGAGACAGAGAGACAGAGGUUGCCAGUCUACGCAAUCGCUCUGCUCCAAUUACCUUUCUCUACUAUUCUCUUCGCUGAACUGUGUACUGAUUAUGAUGUCAUACAAAAGUGCCUUCUGUGAUGUCCGUGCAAAGAUCUUAAACACCGACUCUUUUCUUCU